UGUUUUUAAACUUUCUUAGACGUCUUUGUGAGAUGAUCAAGCAAUGGAUCUACAGCCUCUACAAACAUAUCCCUGGUCUGCAUUUGGAUGACGUAGCGUGUUUACCAUGAACACCAGAAGCAAUGAAACCUUACUGGGGAACGCCACAGAUGUGAGAGACACCAGGGCCUGGGUCGUGGAGUCUGUUGUCAUAUUAGCCAUUGCCUUGUUUGUCUGUCUGGGCAAUCUGCUCAUUGUGUUCACCCUUUAUCGGAAGCCCUACCUCUUAACGCCAAGCAAUAAGUUUGUCUUCAGCCUGACGCUUUCCAACUUCCUAUUGUCGGUACUGGUGCUGCCAUUUGUCAUUGCCAGCUCUCUUAACGGAGAAUGGCUGUUUGGUGUCGUAUGGUGCAACUUCACAGCACUGUUAUAUCUGCUCAUCAGUUCUGCCAGCAUGCUCACACUGGGAGCCAUUGCCAUCGACAGGUACUAUGCUGUGCUGUUCCCGAUGGUCUACCCUAUCAAGAUCACGGGGAAUCGUGCAGCAGUGGCCAUUGUCUACCUGUGGCUGCAUUCUCUGGUGGGCUGCCUGCCUCCUCUGUUUGGCUGGUCCACAUUUGAGUUUGACCAUUUCAAGAAGACAUGCACCGUAGCCUGGUAUCAUGAUGUCAGCUACACUGUAUUCUGGGUUGUGUGGUGCUGCCUGGUUCCACUGUUUGCUAUGCUGGUGUGCUACGGUCUCAUCUUCCGUGUGGCACGGCACAAAGCUCGCAAGGUGCACUGUGGGACGGUUGUGGUAGUUCAGGAGACCCCCUCUUCCAAUAGGAACGGACGAAAGAACUCCACUGCCUCGGUUUCUUCCAUCGGGAGCCGUAGAGGUUUGAUCUACGCUGGAAGCCAGUGUAAAGCCCUGGUCACCAUUUUUGUGGUGGUCGGCACCUUCUUGAUGACGUGGGGUCCGUAUGUGGUAGUGAUCUGCACCGAGGCGGUAUGGGGGCGAGGAAGUGUGUCACCCGGACUGGAGACGAUGGUGACCUGGCUGUCGUUCAUCAGUGCUGCCUGUCAUCCUCUCAUAUAUGGGCUGUGGAAUAAAACUGUAAGGAAGGAGCUGCUUGGCAUGGGCUGUGGUGACCGCCAUUACCGGGAAUCAUUCAUUAGUCGCCACAGGAAGUCCCGCCUCUUUAGCAUCUCCAACCGAAUCACAGAUCUUGGUAUGUCUCCACAUCUGACGGCCAUGUUGGCUGGUGGAGGCCAGCUUUUAGGUGCUGGCAGCAGCACAGGAGACACUGGCUUUAGUUUUUCCCAGGACUCAGGUACAGAUAUCAUGUUGCUGGAUAACAGUUCUGAGGGACCAGAGAGCUCACACUACAGUGCUUUAGUCAACAAGCGCAUGAGUUCAGUGAUGUUUGAGGACCAGGUGGAACAGCAGUCUAAAGCGGGUGAGGAUCAGUCUCAGUGCCUGGUGAAGGCGGAGAUACACCAGGUGAUUGACAGCUUUGCGUCCAGUAUGGCGAAAGCAAUCGAGAGCGAUGCCAAAUUUCUGCUGUUCGCUACAGAGUCUCUAACUGACAGUGUUUCAUCGUGUCAACUCGCACAGAGGAGCUCACGCGACCCGGAUGGACAGAGGAUCCGUCUGGAGAGCGUCGAUGAGGGAAUCGUUAACGAUGACAAGGUUGAAGACGACGAGGAUGAAAUCGAGGAAAUAUGUGCAUAAAUAAAUCUGCACAUAGGUGAUGUCUGUCUGAUUUUGGUCUGUAACUUUCUCAAUGAAGCACAAAUUCUGAUUGUGUUUCUAUGACUAUCAUACAUAUUGCAA